AUGUCUAUCGGUUUCCGAAGGAUGUUCUUGCAAAUUACAUGUGUUGUUCUGAUAUUGUCAGAACUGGCAGCUGCAACAGUAGCAGCUCCAUUAGCCAAGCCUAAGUGCCCAGAUCGGUGCGGAGAUGUCGAAAUUCCUUAUCCAUUUGGUACAACUAAAGAUUGCUACCUAAAUGAAGGAUUCUGGAUCAAUUGUACCGAUCCGUCCUCCAGCCCCGCCCAACCACUAUUUGGAAAUAUAGUUGUCACCAACAUUUCUAUCGACGGUCAGCUUGAGAUCUUGAAUUUUAUAUCAUUUCGGUGUUUCAGAAACUCGAGUGGUGUGCUUGAGUAUGACAAUGAACCCUAUCUCCGUGUCCUAGAUUUCACAAUUUCUAACACCAAAAAUAAGUUCGUGGCCGUCGGCUGUGACACUUACGCCUUCCUCAAUGCUUUCCAAAACAAUGAACCCUUUUCCAUUGGCUGCACCUCUACAUGUCAGAGUCUUAGAAAUGUCUUCAGCGGAUCUUGCUCUGGAAUUGGGUGUUGCCAGGUUGACAUUCCGAAAGGAUUGAAGAACUUUACUUUAGAUGCACGUAGCUAUGAUCGACACGUCGCGGUUGGGAGCUUCAAUCCAUGCAGCUAUGCUUUCGUAGCUAAACAAGACGGGUUCAACUUCUCCUCUGAUUAUCUUGAAAGCCUGCGAAGGAAUAAGACCUAUCCAAUGGUUCUUGAUUGGGCAAUCGGUGAUACAACAUGUGAAAUUGCCGAACACCAGCCGGGUUUCGUAUGUGGAAGGAACAGCCAAUGUUAUAAUCCCCCAAACGGUGAUGGAUAUCUUUGCGAGUGCAUUAAUGAAGGUUAUGAAGGAAAUCCAUACCUCGACGAUGGUUGCCAAGAUAUAAAUGAGUGCGAAGCAGACCCGAACCCCUGCAAUACCACUACGUCAACAUGCAAGAACACUGAUGGGAAUUUUACCUGUAUUUGCCACGACGGAUACGAAGGUGAUGGGAAGAUCACAAGUGGAAUAGGUUGCAGACCUAUAGCACGGGCCAACAAAUCUAGCAUUAAUAUCAUUAUUCCACUCGCUAUCAGCACUGGCCUCUUGGGAUUGUUUGUGGGAGUUUCUUCAAUAUAUUGUGGACUAAAAAGAAGAAAACUCAUCAAGCUAAAACAGAAAUUCUUCGAACAAAAUGGUGGAUUAUUGUUACAACAAAAACUCUCGAAUUAUAGAGCUUCAAUGGAGAGUACCAAAAUCUUUAAUGCAGAAGAACUUAAAAAAGCUACCAAUAAUUAUGAUGGAAGUAGGAUUCUUGGCCAAGGUAGCUUUGGAACUGUUUAUAGAGGAGUCCUACCAGACAACAAAGUUGUUGCCAUUAAGAAAUCAAAAAUUUGUGAUAAUAGUCAAAGUGAGCAAUUCAUAAAUGAAGUUAUUGUGCUUACCCAAAUUAACCAUAGAAAUGUGGUUAGGAUGUUAGGUUGUUGUUUGGAAACAGAAGUCCCAUUACUAGUUUAUGAAUUCAUCACAAAUGGGACUCUUUCUAGCCACAUUCAUGAUAAAAACCUAUCAUCCUCACUCUCAUGGGAAAAACGUUUGAAGAUAGCAUCAGAAACUGCAGGGGCACUCGCAUACUUGCAUUCUUCAACUUCCGUGCCAAUUAUACACAGGGAUGUGAAACCUGCAAAUAUACUUUUAGAUGAUAGUUAUUCAGCAAAAGUGGCUGACUUUGGAACUUCAAUCUUGGUCCCUCUUGAUCAAACAGAAUUAUCUACAUUGGUGAAGGGAACUUUUGGAUAUUUAGACCCAGAAUAUUUUUAUAGUCACCAACUUACAGAAAAGAGUGAUGUCUACAGUUUUGGUGUUGUUAUGGCAGAGUUAUUGACAGGUAUGAAAGCACUUUCUUUUGAUAGGCCUGAAGUGGAUAGAAGUUUGGCAAUUUACUUUAACAAUGCAAUAAAGGAGCAUCGCUUACAUCAAAUUCUUGACGAUAAAAUUGUCAAUGAUGAUAGUAUUAAUGUGAUAGAUGAAGUUGCUAAUAUUGCAAAAUGGUGCUUAAGUGUCAAAGGGGAGGAUAGGCCAACUAUGAAGGAAGUGGCAAUAGAGCUAGAAGGACUGAGAAUUAUGAGAAAACAUCCAUGGGUAAAGGCUAACGUCUACACAGAAGAGACUGAAUACUUGCUCGAGGCACCUACACACUCUUUCAACAUUGAUGUCGUUAAUAGUUCUUCUUCUUCCAUCACAACAGUUGGGUUUGAAAGUUUGAGGAACCAAAUUGUGAAACCAUUAGAUGACCGCAGAUGA